AUGUGGAAGACUGCCCUUCUCCUUCUCGGCGCACAGGCUGAGGAUGGCAUGGAUGCGGACGAUACGAGAAUCAACUUUCUGACCACUAUGAUGAGACAGCACGCAGAUGAACGUGAAUCCAUCCUUAAGGAACUUGUACUUCAAUUGAUACAUGCCGGUCAGUAUCGAAAGGCAUUGGACGAGUUAGAACUAUUUCUUCCUUCGCUACCCUACCAAGACAACCCGGUUCUGCACGUGUAUGCCGGUCUCAUAUGUCUAUAUCUUGCUCAGCCAAAAGCCAAUGCGCUGAUUGCAGAUGAGCUGUCUGACGAAUCUGGCUGGAAUGCUGGCCUCUUGCGAGAAGCUCAAGGGCAUUUCGAACGAGCGAAAGCAAUUGAUGCUGACAACACGGUUGCAACGACCUUCCUUGAACAGCUCCCCACAAUUACCAACCCAGCACAGCCCGAUCGCACUACCCCGGAAUCGGACGACGAAGACGUGACAGUAGAUGAUGCAGGCCAACGCCGCAAGCGCAUCAAGACCUAG